AUGCAUCUUAACUCGUUACAACUGUGCACGGCUGCGUUGACGCUGGCUCUUGUAGCAGCGGUGCCCGCUUCUACGCCGCACCACGUCUCUCGCCGGUCAUUCUUCAGCCUCGAAUGCAAAGGUGUCUUUGACGCGGCGAUUUUCGCGCGCUUAGAUCGUAUCUGUGACGACUGCUAUAACCUCUUUAGAGAACCGCAGCUCUAUACUCUAUGCAGGAAAGACUGUUUUAUGACAGACUACUUCAAAGGCUGCGUGGAAGUACUUCAAGAGACCGAUCAACUCGAAAUAUUCAAGAAAUAUAUAAUACAGUUAAAUGGGGCAGAUCCAGGGAUUUAG